GCGGUUUUACAGAGGGUUCGAGAAGGGAGCGCUCGCGCAGGGUACGGUCGGCACGUUUUAGAUGAUUGAUUCAGGUGUUAAUACGGAGGAUUUCACUCUCACUUGGCGCGAUUAGAUUGAGAUGUUACACUUCAAGUGCUCACCUGUGCUGCUGAAGGAGCUGUUUCACGUGAGCCUUAAGCGUCCGUUAGUCAGUUUCGCGAGACGGCACGCGCAGACGCGCGCGCAGGGCUUCCUCAGCCCCGAUGUCUGGGUGAGAUGUGGACUGAUACCCCCGGGUCCGGUCUCACACACCCCGGGGUGGGGCCGCGCACUCUGCACACACACCGAGGGAGCGGUCAGGAGCGAUGGAGCGGCCCAGGAGGCCAACGCCGACAAGAGAAGGAAGGCGGGGAUCAUGCCGAGUCUGGAGGAUCUGCUCUUCUACACCAUCGCUGAGGGUCAGGAGAAGAUCCCAGCCCACAAGUUUAUAACGGCACUGAAGGCCACAGGUCUGAGAACAGGAGACCCCCGGCUGAAGGAGUGUAUGGAGAUGCUGAAGGUGACCCUGAAGUCCACGUCAGAUGGAGUGAUGCUGGAUCGCCACCUCUUUAAGAAGUGUGUUCAGAGUAACAUCGUGCUCCUGACCCAAGCCUUCCGUAAGAAGUUCGUCAUCCCUGAUUUUAUGGCUUUUGCCUCCCACAUAGACAAGCUUUACGAGAAUGGCCUAAAAAUGCCCGGAGGUCAGGAAUCUCAUGCUGUGUUGCUGUCUCAGGUGGCUGAUUACAUUCCUCAACUCGCCAAGUUCAGCCCUAAUUUAUGGGGCGUGGCUAUGUGCACCGUGGACGGACAGAGACACACCGUGGGCGACACCAAGGUGCCGUUCUGUCUGCAGUCGUGCGUGAAGCCGCUGAAGUACGCCAUCGCGGUGCACGACCACGGCACGGAGUACGUGCACCACUUCAUCGGCAAAGAGCCCAGCGGCUUACGCUUCAACAAACUCUUUCUCAACGAUGAAGAUAAACCCCACAACCCGAUGGUGAACGCCGGGGCCAUCGUGUGUACCUCUCUGAUAAAGCAAAAGGCAAGCAACGCAGAAAAGUUUGACUAUGUGAUGAACUUCCUCAAAAACAUGGCGGGAAAUGAGUACGUUGGUUUCAGCAACGCCACGUUCCAGUCGGAACGUGAAUCAGGCGAUCGGAAUUUCGCCAUCGGCUAUUACCUGAAAGAGAAGAAGUGUUUUCCUGAAGGAACAGACAUGACCUCCAUCCUGGACUUCUACUUCCAGCUGUGCUCCAUCGAGGUGACAUGUGAAAGCGCCAGCGUCAUGGCUGCCACCCUGGCCAACGGCGGCUUCUGUCCAAUCACAGGCGAGCGCGUGCUGAGUCCCGAGGCGGUGAGGAACACGCUGAGCCUCAUGCACUCCUGCGGCAUGUACGACUUCUCCGGGCAGUUCGCCUUCCACGUGGGUUUGCCGGCCAAGUCGGGUGUGUCAGGGGGCAUCCUCCUGGUGGUGCCCAAUGUGAUGGGUGUCAUGUGCUGGUCUCCUCCACUGGACAAACUGGGAAACAGCGUUCGAGGCAUCCAGUUCUGCACGGACCUGGUGUCUCUGUUCAACUUCCACAACUACGACAACCUGCGGCAUUUCGCCAAGAAGCUGGACCCGCGGCGUGAGGGCGGUGAGCAGCGGCAGCACAACUUCGGGCCGAUGGAUUACGAGAGUCUUCAGCAAGAGCUAGCUCUGAAAGAUUCACUGUGGAAAAAAGUCUGUCCCGCCGAGUCCAACGAAGACACUUCCACCACUGUGGUCUAUAGGAUGGAUAAUGUCGAAGAGCACAACUAAAGAGACCUGCGCUCGGGCUGGGAUAAAGGGCUGACCCGGGGGGCGGGGUGUAUUUAUUUCACGCUGUGUUGGUUUAUUUAUCUGUCUGGGCUUGGCACGUUGCAGCUUUUAUGUUUUUUUUUGUUUGUUUGUUUUUUUAUUUGUCUGUAUGACGGAUGCUGUUGAGUCUCAGAUUUUAAUUUUUUAUUUUUCCCUGUUUGUGAAUGUUAAUAUGAAACCAAAGCGCCGGGUUCUGAACCCAGGCAGGAGGUUAAAGAGGGAAGUGCGUGGUGGAGCGGCGGGGUGUCCAGGUCCUGACUGGUUGCUACACUGAUUACACUCUCUCCUAAUUAGCAUUGAGUUAGGAGACAUAAUGAUCUUUCCACGCACACACACACACACACACACACACGCAUGCUCAUUACAGGGUGCGUAUCGAUCCAGUGAUGUCAUGGACUUGCUUGCAUGACCUUCAGCAGAGAGCUUUCUAACACAUUUUUCUGACUGAUUAUCUAAUAAUCAUGUAUGAGUCCUCCAGUCCUGCAGGUGGCACUGUUGGAGAUGCUGUCGCAGUUUCCGUGAAUGCACAGGACAGCGUGUGUCUUAUUAGUCUUAGUUGGAUGUCGCCUUCACAUGAACUGUUUUUGUAGUUUACUUGGUAGUGUUUUAAUGUGGCUGUAAGAUGAACUGAAACAACACUUAAAAUGAGAGAGAGAUGAUCCCGCCCUUUAGUUCUCCACUAAAUAUAGUUUAGUAGCUCUGUUCCAGGUGGGGGCGGAGUUUAGUUUCAGCAUGGACUUAUAUGAAGGCCAAGAAAUAGAAAAAAAACAGAUUGUAGUCAGACUGUGCUUACUUACAAGAUCAAAGAAUUGUGGGUAUUUGAAAGACAACAAAUCUCAGGUUUGUUGCAAGUAUAGUGUGUGGGCGGAGCUAAAUUCACAUGAAUUUAGGAGGAAAAUAUGAAAUUGUGUUAAAACCUUCUCAAAGUUUACAUUUUUACCAACUUUGGCUAAAACAUUUAGCUAAAGUUCAGUACGUCUGUUACUUUUGAUGCUCGUUAUGUCAGUAAUUAAACACUUUGUGUGCUGUUACAAGAAAAUAAGAAAGGGAAGUGUGAUGUGUUACCAUCUUAAGGUUAAAUAUUUCCUGGAUAAGUUAAUAAUAUAAAAAAGGAAGCUUGUUAUAUUACUGAGAAAAUCCCCUGUCCUGAGGAAAAAUUGUAAAGCUUUAUCUAUGACACUGGAGACUCCUUACAUUAAUGUUAAACAUUAAUGUUAAUGUAAUGUUUUUUUAUCCCAUCAACAAUGAGACACGUUAUUAAAUUGCAAAAACAUGAUAUCUUAGCAAGCGAAAUAUUAUUUAGUCUAGUAAACUGUAUCUAGGUUUUCUUAAAAUAAGACAAAUAAUUAAAUAAAAAGGUUAUUUAGCUUAUUUUUAGUUAUUUUUUACAAAAAAAUUAAGUUAAAACUUCUUGUUCUAUUAUUAGAUUUUAUUAAAUUAAAUUUGAUUAGUUUUUUUAUUUAUUUAUUUUUUGCUGCUUUAAAGAAACAAAUUCCUAGAACUAAUGAUGAAUGAUUAGAACAAUCUACAGUACCUGUAGGAUAAAAAAAGUUAACAUAAAAUUUAUAUGUAUUAUUUUAAGAAAUUGUCAAUAAAUGUAAGCAAAUUUAAGAUAUUUUGACUUGGUAAGUUUCAAUAUUUUGCAGUGUAGUAAUUAAUUUUUAUUUGUAUAACGGUUUUAAUAGACAUUGCACUGCAAAAAAAAAGAUCUUGGCAAGUUAAAAUAUCUUUAGUAAAAUGUAUUUCGAUAGCGGUUAAAGAGAUUUUCAAUAAAUUUAAUUUGCUAUGUUGUCUUUUUUAUUGCAGUGUAUUAAUGAAAUUCUUAUAAUUAUAAAUGAAACAGAUAUAAUUUUUUUUAAACAUUGCACUGCAAAUUAGCAAGAAAAUGUCUUCAAUUUAGUUACAUUUAGGUACAAUAUCUUAAAAUAGGAAUACAAAAAAGCAAAUAUAGAAGCUUAACAAUUUUAUAUUUGCUUUUUUGUAUUCCUAUUUAAGAAUUUUUUACUUACCAAGAUAAUUUUUAAAGAUUGUGACAAAGCAGGUAUAAAUGAUUAAUUGUGUUUAAAUUGUGAGAGUUGAUGAAAAACUCCCUGAGAUGACACGAGGAGGAUUCAUGCAUCAGUGAAGCGCACGCUACACACGUCCCUGCAAAUGAGCUUUUACUGUAUACGUGAUAUAUCGCAUUACUAUAGACCUGCGUCACUGUCGGAGCUGCUUUUACAGAAAAACUAAUCAGUUUAUCACCGUAAAUACACCAUUAACACAAGCAUCUGCUCCUUAAAUGCACUAAAUCAGCGCUUAUGCUUUAAUCAGUGUCGUUUCUUAGUCCUUGUAAAAGCAGCCUGGAAUUUGUUCUAAAAGCACAGAAAGAUUCCAGACAGCCCCUCGAAUUGAACAACAAAAAGAAAGAAAGGUUUUGAAAUGUCUGCACAAAGAGGGAAGAAAUACUGCUCAUGAGAUAUCAUUUGAAAUCAUAAUUGAGCUGAUAAUGUCAGAACAAGCCUGAGUUCAGGAUCUGAUUAUAACACUGCACUAUUGCUUCAGUGAGAAGUAAAUGCACUCUGCUUCAGUACAGAUGCCGGGAUUCGUAUCGUUUCAAUCGUGCACGCAUCGUCUCGUAAAAACUCUCCAAUGCCGAUAAACAGACGUCACAAUACGUCAACAAUCUGAACCUAUUUUACAGCAAUCAAAGCAGAGUGCACUGCAGACUUCCGACAACACAAACACUCAGAAUCCUAGCACACUGCAAAGAAAUGACGCGUUAACAAGUGAAAUAUUCCUGAAUCUAGUCACAUUUAUCUAUAUAGUUUUAUUAUAAGUUUACAACAAAAAAACAAAAUACAGUUAAACCCUGGAUUGCAAGCAUAAUUUGUUCAGGAAGUAUGCGUCGUAUAUCAGAACACUCGUAUAUCAAAGUAAAUUUUCCUUAUAAGAAAUAAUUAAAACUCUGACAAUUCGUUCCACAAGCCAAUGAAUUUUCAUAUAACAAUAAUUAAUCAUAAAAUAAAGUAAAAAUAAAAAAAAAUUAACCUGCACUUUGGUUUUAUGACAGUCUCUGGUUACUGGAAUCAUCUUCUUUUUGUGAGACUUUAAUGAGAAACCUUUCUGUCACUUGCUUUUGCCUCCUUUUGAGGAUUUCGUGGAAAUGUGACGUUGCGUUGUCGUUAAACAGACUGAUCUCCCGCACUGCUACAGAUUAUUUAACCUUUUCCUUCUUCCCGGAGGCCGUUGUUGCAGUACAGUUACUGAAGAACAAUAACUAGAUUAGUGAAGUCAUUAAUCACAGUGUUAUAGUAAACAGCACACACGCGCUUGGACGUCGACUAUACGAGAGACGCGCCGAGACUGAGCAGGGGAGAUGAUUACCCACAAUCCCGCAGUGCGCGAGAAAGAAUCCAUGGCUGAGUUGUGAUCACGAGACGCUCGUGCAAGCGUACUACUGUACUCGUAUAUCAGGCCCUCGCUCAGACAAGUUCAAAUAAAUUUUUUUUUACUUUGCUCGUCUUCAAAACCCUCGCAGAGUUACUUACAAUCCAGGGUUCCACUUAUGCUUAUUAGUAGUAAAAUCUUAUGGAAAUUGUUAUGUCUCGUUCUGUUGGCUGAUAAUUUUGCGAAAAUUUUCCGCCAACACAAGAAGACCUUUUUUGGUUGCAAUUUUCAUAAUAUUUGACUAGAAAUAAGCUUAAUGAUCCUGUGUUAGUUUGUUGUAACCUUACUUUAGAUUAUUGUAGAUAGGUUUGGCUAGGUUCAAAAAUAUUUCAGUUGCUAGGAUGUUAUUUUCUUUCAUUGCAGUGAACACUGGCUAGAAAAGGGAAAUAUUCACGGUCAAAACACAAACUAUACAGAGUACAUUCAGAAAUUUGAAGCGUAACAAAACCCGCGGUUCUUUAACCUCCCUGCAUUUAAUCUGUGUGUAGUUUAAAAAAAUCAUCUGCCUGUUGGUUUAAAGAACAACUCGAGUGCAUUUAAAGCUGUUUAAACACAAACACAGCCACGCUGUAAGGAAGCUCAGGCUCCAGAAUCGCGAUCAGUCAGCCCUCAGCACCCGGCUCACGCACACACACACACACACACACCUGCCUUAACGCCGACCUGGAUUUUGCACAUACCUGAGCUGAGGCCUCGGAGCUCACGCUGCUUAGCCACUUAGCUACUGUACUGCACUGUUUCUAACAGCUUUUGUGUUCCAUCGCACCUUCACACGCACCUUCAUGUCCACCGUGUCAGAAACCCAAAUCAGGAAGUGCGAAAACGGCGUCAUUCAGCCGCCGCAGUUCACAUACAUAAUUAUAUAAUUCCUGAAAAAUAAACCGAGCAAUUCCUGAUUGAGUCUUUUAACUGUGAAUGAUUACUGCUGCAAGAAAUAUUUGGGUCACAAAUGAUGACAUUUACCAGAUUGUUUUUUAUAAUUUUUUUUUAAAUAUAUAUAUAUAUAUAUAUAUAUAUAUAUAUAUAUAUAUAUAUAUAUAUAUAUAUAAUUUCUUGCAACAGUAAUAAAACAAACAAAGGUAAGCAAUUUAAAUGUUACUUUAUUGUUAAUAUGAUAUAUAUAUAUAUAUUUUUUUUUCCUUUAAAGCAUGUGUGUUCAUGUUCAUGGGACUUUUAAUAUUGGUUCUGUAUUUUAUUAUUUUUAUUUGUAUUAUUUUGUUUCCCAUGUUAUGUCGUUAACACAUCUCAUUGCUGUUGGUCAUUAUUUACUCUGUGUGUCUGUGUAAACUGAAACUGGAUUGAGGAAGAGUGAGGGUGUGUGUGUGUGUGAGGGAGAGAAAGAGAGUGUGUGUGUGUGUGUGUGUGUGUGUGUGUGUGUGUGUGUGUGUGGUUUGUUUUUCUAUGCUGUAGUGAGAUUGGAUUUGUCUGUUGUGGAUGAGAGCAGAUACAGUGAUGUACUUGAACAGGGGGCUGCGAACCCUCCUCUGUUACUAACGUGACUACUCUGACAUACUUAACACAUUCAGCAGUCGUGCUGCUCAUCUGUCAGCAUGCCAAAGACGUAUUUAUAUUAAUAGAAACUUUUUGUUCUCUUCAUGCUCAUGAAGUUAUUAUUUUUAUAAGUUAAGUAUUUCCUGAAUGCUCUCUCUAACAGUAUUGCUUUCUUUUCCAGUUGUUCAUUUUGUGUUGUUUUAUGUUUAAUAAACUUGUGUAAACCCAUCUCAUCUCUUA